AUGAAGGUCGACGGGAAACUUUCAGUUCGUGGAGACGAUACAAUUGAAUCAACUAUCAAAUACAACCAUAAAUUGAACACAGCGGAGCAUCUAAUCGAUGUAGAUGACAGGCUUGCACAAGAAGGCUUGCAUUUUUAUGGGAUAUCGCAAGCUGAGCUGGAUAAGUUCAGUACGGAUCAAAUCCGCGAAGGCAAGAAAACUGAUCGAACGAGCGUUGCACAAGCGAUGAAGCAUUUCGUGCGUGAUUGGGCCGAGGAAGGGCAAAAUGAACGUGAAGAAUCAUUCACAUGUCUUCUAAGCCAGUUGGAUAGUAUGGAUAGAGAAAUCAACGCGCCGCUAAAAGUUUUGGUUCCAGGUGGUGGUGUUGGGCGACUAGCACAUGAGAUUGCUCGGCUGGAUGUCUUUGAGGUGACAAUGAAUGAAUGGUCUCUCAUCAUGCCACAACCAGUAUUAUUGGUUGAGGGUGAUUUCACAACGGUGUUCAAUGGCGAAGAAGGAAAAUAUGACGUGCUUGUAACGCUCUUUUUCAUUGACACUGCGCGAAAUCUCUUGACCUAUCUCGAGACAAUUCACCGGCUGUUGCAACCUGAGGGAUCGUGGGUUAAUCUGGGACCUUUACUUUACGGAACGGCACCCUUCCUACAGUUAUCCCUUACUGAAAUUAUAUCGCUAGAAGAGGCGGUGGGGUUCAAAAUCGAAGACCCAGGUGAUGUGUGCGGCGAUAUUUCUUUGAACGGAUUGCCUGUGCGUGCCAAGGAGGUAUCGUAUGGAAGAAAUGUGCGAGGGUUGAAUAGGAAUGGGUUCUUAGCGCAGAGCUGGCGAGCCAUCAAAUUAUGA